AAUUUUUUUUUUUUUUAAUUUUUUUGUCUAAAAUUUCAUGCGACUUUUUUUUAUCUUAAAGUCGAUCCGAGCCCUGUGUAUAUGUAUACUGCUUGAAGUAAUAUGAAAAUAACUUGGGCAAGGUUAGAGCAAUUUUUAUCUAACAAGGUUUAAACCACUCUACAGAGUCUUAUCCUUAUUUCCCGACUAGGCGUAUUCAAGGCGAUUUCGCAUCCGGAGUGCCUGAAAACGGGCUGUGAAGUGGCGCUAUCCAGAGGUUCGAGAAAUCUCGUCUAAUCGAAGGUAGAGUAGUUAAUUCCUUGUCCGUUGUGACUGAUUUCAUUUUUUUUUUUAUUUAACUUGAUUUUAAUUAACUGUUUAUUUCUAUUUUAUAAUAAAAAAAAAAUUUGUUUUUCUUUUUUUUUUUUUUUUUAGCUUAUAUCAAAUGGAGGGAAGAUCCACGAGAUCCAAAGGUGCUGCUCUCGAGGCCGGUCUCGAGUUUUACCAACCUGCCAGCCGUAAGGACGGUCGUCCGGACAUCCACAAACUUUACAAUGACUUGGAUAGCCGAUACUUUAACGGGGAGUUAAAACAGGUGGGUUUUACCGUGGGCUGGGGGCAAAACAUGAGGACGACUUCCGGAUUCACAGACACCAAAAAUAGAUUUAUUCGUAUCAGCUGGGAGAUUCACAGUUUGUUACCGGAAGAAGAUCUUAUGGCGACCCUACUUCAUGAGAUGAUCCACGUGAAGUGUUUCCAGCACAAGUGGGAUGUUAGCAAUCACUGGCAUUGUGGCAAGUUCAUCGAAGAAAUGGAGAGGAUAAAUAAGAUUGGGCCCUAUAAGGUGGUCCUUAGUCACGAGCUGCCGGAAAAGGUUUACGAAAAACUACAUCCGUACGAGUGGAAAUGCCGUAGUUGCGGUUAUAUUCUUCGGCUAACGACUCGCACAACGCCAGGUCCAAAAAACCGGCAUUUCAAUAAAAAAAAUAAAAGUUGCGAGAAUCCCUUGUGGAAAAAAUUAUAGAAGAAGAUGUAAAUAAAAUUUUAGUACCUGAACUCAAAAAUUCUUUUUUUUUAUGAUUUGACAGUCUCCUUCCUUCGAAAUACAUUGGUGGUUAUAGAAUUUGAUGAAACAAUUUCGUUUUCCUUCUUCCCUUUUCUUAGAUACGCAGUUCGAUUUGGGAAC